UUGAAAUGGAUAGACCCCCUUGUUCGGGCGGUUUCCGCAACACGGUAGGCACUGCAUGAAGGUCACCCACCUAUGAUAUCGAGAAGAGAGUAGACACAACUGAGAUAAGAAAACGGAAGGGAAAAGAGAGGUAGAAUUUGGCAACAAGACUCAAUUGCUACGCCUUCAUUUCACGGUCUUAGAUUAGGAUACGGUGAAACCCUGAAGCCAUUGCUUGAAUAUCGUAGAGAUGGUGUGAAUGGAUUCCUAAACUUAGAAGGAACAUCACAGACUCUCGCACGCUUCCUCUAUCCUCCUAUUUAUACCCUCCUGAAGGAUUCUUCAGCUCCAAGGACCUUGUGCAAGAAUUGAAGGUUUUAUUAGAGGCGUUCGAAGAUAAGGAUUCACAUCUUUCCAUCAGAAAAGUUGUUUCUGUCUUCACGCUUCUGCCAUCGAAUGGGAGGUCUCACGCUUGACCUCCGGCCCGGGGCGGGUCUGGGUGCUUUCAAUCUCGGAAUGCCGGUGUGUGAGGCCUUGGCGUACGUUCAGCAGCACAGGUCGUCGUUCGAUGUUGUACAAGUGAAAUAUAACGAUGAGGAACCCUUGCAAAUGGAUCUAGUUCUCAACUUUCCUGAGCAUGGUUUUCAUCUGCGGUUUGAAUCUCAGUCGCAGCGAUUGAGAUUGAUAGAAGUGUACGACGUGCAACGCUUGCACAUGCGCUACGCUACUUCGUCAAUCGGGGGACCAAACAUUACAGCCACGUUUGUAGCAGUUUAUGCACUUUUUGGACCAACCUUUCCAGGUACAUUCAACAUGAAGCGGUGCGUUUACACAUUAUUUUACCCUGGUCUAUCAUUCGCUUUCCCUAUCCCAGUACAGUACACAGAGUGUUGUCAGCAUCGAGAAGCGGAGUUGCCGUUGGAAUUUCCUGAUGGGACUACUCCGGUUAUGUCGCGUAUAUGCAUAUAUGACAGCGCAGUCGGAGGUGGAGUUGGUGUUGGUGCUCCCCUUAAGAUUGCUUUACCGCCUCAGCUUCCGGUUGGGAGCUUCUACAUGGAAGAGGUCCAUGCUAAAUUGGCAGAGGAAUUGUGGUUUACUGGUGGUGGCCAGCAUCUUUUAUUCGGUGCAUCUCCACAGGAUGUGUGGGCAGAGUUAGGUCGGCCAUGUGGUAUUCACCAGAAACAGGUUGACCCUAUGGUGAUCCAUUCUGCCUCUGAUCCAAAACCUCGCACUGCACUCUGUGGUGAUUAUUUUUAUAAUUAUUUCACACGCGGCAUUGAUAUCUUGUUCGAUGGUCAGACUCAUCGCAUCAAGAAGUUUGUACUUCAUACCAAUUUUCCAGGUCACACGGACUUCAACUGUUAUAUCAAAUGCAACUUCAUUAUUUAUGUUCCCCCAAGUGAUGGUGGUGAGGAACUUGACAAAGCUGCUUACGCUGAUGGAAAUCAAAGGCGUAUCACUGCCAACACCAAAUGGAGUGAAGUGCAGGGCCUACUAGGCGAUGGUGGUCGUGCUGCAAUUCAAACGCAAGGCUCUGUUAGCAAUCCAUUCGGUCCAACGUUUGUGUAUGGCUAUCGCAACAUCGCUCUGGAGGUAAUGAAGAAUGGGCAUAUUGCAACUGUGACUCUCUUCCAGAGCACCAUGUAAAGUCGUACAACACUACAGGACAUUGCUUUAGUCGUGCUCAUUGCCCGUGAAUGUCGGUGUCACAUUGUGGUAACUGUUGUCUGUGAAUAUUGUAAAUGAAAUGUGAAGAUAGUUUGUUUCUAGUAUGUAGUUCGUAUUAUUGGUUAAAAGAGUGAAUUUUGUCACUCAAGCGAGAAUUUACUAUCAAUUUCGCUGGGAGGAAAAAGUCUUCCAUAGUGAUUCUGUAAGUCUGUUGGAGGUUGGAGCUUAGAAACUUCCAGAGCCUGUGUUACAGAAGAAUUCAGAUUCUAGAUGAAAGGAGGACCAGUGCAAAGGCCGUGUAUAUGCGUACAUCUGUUCAUGCAGUCUUUGGUUUCAUUCUUAUUGCAGGAUAUGGUUCUCUACAAGUUGCUUUCAUUUCUAUGUCAAUAAUAUUGUAUCAUCCGUCCCAGUA